AUGCAAGAUCCUGAUGGUAUUGACAUUAAUACGAAAAUCUUUAACUCAGUUGCUGAAGUAUUUCAAAAGGCACAGGGUUCUUAUGCAGGACACAGGAAGCAUAUAGCAGUUUUGAAGAAAAUUCAGUCAAAGGCUGUUGAGCAAGGCUAUGAAGAUGCUUUUAACUUUUGGUUCGAUAAAUUAGUUACUAAGAUCCUUCCUCUGAAAAAGAAUGAGAUUAUCGGAGACAGGAUAGUAAAGUUAGUAGCUGCAUUUAUAGCUUCUUUAGAAAGGGAGUUGAUAUUGGCCAAAAAACAAAACUAUAAGCUCACGAAUGAUGAAGAAGGGAUAUUCUCAAGGUUCGUCGAUCAGUUCAUAAGACAUGUUUUGCGUGGUGUGGAAAGCCCUGACAAGAACGUCAGAUUUAGAGUUUUACAGUUAUUAGCCGUUAUAAUGGAUAAUAUAGGGGAAAUCGAUGAAUCACUUUUCAAUUUAUUAAUAUUGUCUUUAAAUAAGAGGAUUUAUGAUAGAGAACCAACGGUUAGGAUACAGGCUGUGUUUUGUUUAACUAAAUUUCAGGAUGAAGAGCAAACUGAACAUUUAACUGAGCUUUCUGAUAAUGAAGAAAAUUUUGAAGCUACGAGAACUCUAGUUGCUUCUAUCCAGAACGAUCCGUCAGCUGAAGUACGGAGGGCUGCAAUGCUGAAUUUGAUCAAUGAUAAUAAUACUAGACCGUAUAUCUUGGAGAGGGCUAGAGAUGUAAACAUCGUUAAUAGAAGGCUCGUGUAUUCGAGAAUUUUGAAAUCAAUGGGAAGAAAGUGUUUCGAUGAUAUUGAGCCGCAUAUUUUUGAUCAAUUGAUUGAGUGGGGUUUAGAAGAUAGGGAAUUAUCAGUGAGAAAUGCGUGUAAGAGACUCAUUGCUCAUGAUUGGUUAAAUGCUCUGGAUGGCGAUUUGAUAGAAUUACUAGAAAAAUUGGAUGUCUCAAGAUCCUCAGUGUGUGUUAAGGCUAUAGAAGCACUUUUUCAAUCAAGGCCAGAUAUAUUAUCUAAAAUCAAAUUUCCUGAAAGUAUUUGGAAAGACUUUACCGUAGAAAUUGCCUUCCUCUUUCGGGCUAUUUAUUUGUACUGUUUGGAUAAUAAUAUAACAGAAAUGCUGGAAGAAAACUUUCCAGAAGCCUCAAAAUUAUCCGAGCAUUUAAACCAUUAUAUUCUUCUCAGAUAUCAUCACAACGACAUUUCUAAUGACUCUCAGUCGCAUUUUGAUUAUAACACUUUAGAGUUUAUUAUUGAGCAACUAUCGAUUGCCGCCGAAAGGUAUGAUUAUAGCGAUGAGGUUGGAAGGAGAUCGAUGCUUACAGUGGUACGAAAUAUGCUGGCCUUAACUACACUCUCCGAACCUCUUAUUAAAAUUGGUAUUCGUGUAAUGAAAAGUCUGUCCAUAAAUGAAAAAGAUUUUGUAACAAUGGCAAUAGAAAUCAUUAAUGAUAUUAGAGACGACGAUAUUGAAAAACAAGAACAAGAAGAGAAAAUAAAAAGCAAGAAGAUUAAUCGCAGAAAUGAGACUUCCGUCGAUGAAGAGGACGAAAACGGCACACAUAAUGACGAAGUUAACGAGGAUGAAGAAGACGACAAUAUUUCAUCCUUCCAUUCUGCUGUAGAAAACUUAGUGCAGGGAAACGGCAACGUAUCUGAGAGUGACAUAAUAAAUAAUCUCCCACCCGAAAAGGAAGCGUCCUCAGCAACAAUUGUUCUCUGUCUUACAAGGUCAUCAUAUAUGCUAGAACUAGUUAACACACCGUUAACAGAAAACAUUUUAAUUGCGUCGUUGAUGGACACUUUGAUCACACCAGCGGUUAGAAAUACCGCGCCAAAUAUUAGGGAGCUUGGUGUCAAGAACCUUGGUUUAUGUUGUCUCUUGGAUGUGAAGUUGGCUAUUGAUAACAUGUACAUCUUAGGUAUGUGCGUUUCGAAAGGUAAUGCAUCAUUAAAGUAUAUUGCGUUACAAGUCAUUGUAGAUAUUUUUUCCGUACAUGGGAACACUGUGGUAGACGGAGAAGGCAAAGUUGACUCAAUCUCGUUGCACAAAAUAUUUUACAAGGUUUUAAAGAAUAACGGUUUACCGGAAUGUCAGGUGAUAGCAGCGGAGGGUUUAUGCAAACUAUUUUUGGCAGACGUGUUCACUGAUGAUGAUUUGUUUGAAACGUUGGUUUUGUCAUAUUUUUCGCCGAUAAAUUCCUCAAACGAAGCGCUGGUACAGGCAUUUGCCUUCUGCAUUCCAGUCUAUUGUUUUUCACAUCCUGCUCAUCAACAACGUAUGUCUAGGACGGCUGCGGACAUACUCUUAAGACUAUGUGUUCUUUGGGACGAUUUACAGAGCUCUGUAAUACCUGAGGUAGACCGUGAAGCUAUGCUAAAGCCUAACAUAAUAUUUCAACAGUUGCUAUUUUGGACUGAUCCACGUAACUUAGUUAACCAGACAGGUUCAACAAAAAAAGAUACAGUGCAGCUUACAUUCUUGAUCGAUGUGCUCAAAAUAUACGCUCAAAUUGAGAAGAAAGAAAUAAAGAAGAUGAUCAUCACUAAUAUAAACGCUAUAUUUCUUUCUUCUGAACAAGAUUAUUCUACUUUGAAAGAACUUCUUGAGUAUUCUGACGAUAUUGCAGAAAAUGAUAAUUUAGACAAUGUUAGCAAAAAUGCUCUGGACAAGCUAAGGAAUAAUUUGAAUUCGCUGAUUGAAGAGAUCAAUGAAAGGUCAGAAACUCAGACAAAAGAUGAGAACAACACUGCGAAUGACCAAUACUCGUCUAUUUUGGGGAAUUCAUUCAAUAAAUCUUCAAAUGACACCAUAGAACACGCUGCUGAUAUAACUGAUGGAAAUAACACAGAAUUGACUAAAACAACUGUUAAUAUUUCGGCAGUUGACAAUACAACAGAGCAAAGUAACUCAAGGAAAAGAACGAGAUCAGAAGCGGAGCAAAUUGACACAUCCAAAAACCUGGAAAACAUGAGUAUUCAAGACACGUCAACUGUAGCAAAAAAUGUAAGUUUUGUUUUACCUGACGAGAAAUCAGAUGCAAUGUCCAUAGAUGAAGAAGAUAAGGAUUCAGAGUCUUUCAGCGAGGUCUGUUAA